AUGUCUAGCAGAGGCCGAGGAGGCAAGUUCCAGAAGGCCAAGCGAGGAGGCGGCCGCAACUUUAGCAAGAACCUCCGCCCCCUCGACGCAGAUGGCGGGGAGCGCAGCAUGUGGGCUGAGCCAGUCGAGGGCGACAGCGACGACAGCGAGGAGGAGUCUUCGGAAGAGGAGUCGGACGAUGAGGAUGGCCCAGCAAAGCCAGCGCAAGAAGACAUGACCCGUGAACAGCGCCGCGCAGCAGCAAAGGCGAAGAAGGAGGCCGCGAUCAAGAAGAAGCAGGGCACAGCACAACCAGGAGAUCUCCCCCCAAGCGACUCCUCGGAGGAAGAAGACGACGCUGACAUGCCUGCGAAUCCAAACCAUAGCACGGCGGCGAGGAAGCAGGCUGAGAAGCCCAUCGAGCCAGCAGGUGAGCGCAAGAUUGUCAAGAAGACCGACGAUGUCAGCCAGCUUUCACGGCGCGAGAGGGAGGCUCUGCAGGCUCAGCAAGCCAAGGAGCGGUAUCAGAAGAUGCAUGCUGAGGGCAAAACGGAUGAGGCUCGUGCGGAUUUGGAGCGUCUCAAGCUUGUGCGACAACAGAGAGAGGAGGCCGCUGCGAGGAAGGAGGCGGAGAAGGCGGAGAAGGACAUGAUCGAGAAGGAAAAGAAAGAGCAGAUGGCGAGAUUGGAGCGACAGCAGGCCUUGAAGGCUGCGAGAGGCGGACGUGGCGGAAAGAAGGGAGGCAAGGCUUGA